UACAAAAUUGGCGAAAUCGAGUUAAGAUAGCCAAAAGUAUGUCUAAGGUGUUCUAAUUUAGUGCCAAAGAAACGGAACAGCUACUAUCAAUAUUUAAGAAGAUGGCAUUAUGCGUAAGUACAAAAAAACAUUUUUGUUUUGGCCCAUAGUAAAGUAAGAGCGCUUACGUUAUUUGGGCUAAUAAAUAAAUAUUUUAAAGUAAACUCGUAACAGGCGAUACGUUCUUUUGGCACUAACCGUCCGUUAUAAAUGUUGACCUUGCGACGCAGUUCUAACCUAUAAAUUGCUUGUAGUUAUAAACUAUUGUGUGCUGUUUAAGGUAUUGUUUUUAAAAAUGUGCGCUUAAUUAUUUACUUUCUAAUAAAUUACAUAAUACCUAUCAAUAAAUAUGUCUAGGGGAAAAAAGUUAGUGGAUAUGGUUCGCGAAAAUCGUAAGUACAAUUCAUAAUAUACCUAAUUACAAUAAUAACAACUAUUGUAUAUUUUAAACUAUUCUUGUAUCUUUAAAUUGUGAUGCUUUAAAAGCUUUUCUCAUUUUGUAUUUUAUACAGAAUGUACAAAAUCAUAGUGUCACUUAUUAUAUUUUUAGAAAAAACUCUUCUAAUUGAAGGUAAUAUAGAAAACAGUAAUGAAGACUUAGGCCAAUUUCAAGUAUUUUCCACGGUUUUAUCUGAGAGUAGUACUUUGUUAGAGCUUAAACAUUCCAGUCCGUCCAUAUUAGUAGACAGCUACGAAAAUGCUCAAUCUAUUGAUUUCAAUAAUAGACGUCAUAUUACUGCAGAAUCUGAAAUAAACACUGAUGGUUAUAUCACCAUUGAAGCUGAACCUACAACAACUGAUGAUGGUACCUUUAAAGAUUACACUGAGGAUACCAUAAAUUCUGAUGAUUCUAUAGCUGAUCCAGAUUUUAAUCCUAUCAGCUCAGACUCAGAUGAUAAUGAAAAUAAUGAAAUUAUGGAAACGGAUAAUAUAGAUAACGCAGAAUCAUUGCCAAUACUCUCUGGGGAACAAAGAAAAAGAAGAAGAGUUGCUAAUCCUACAGAAUCUGAAAUAAACACUGAUGGUUAUAUCACCAUUGAAGCUGAACCUACAACAACUGAUGAUGGUACCUUUAAAAAUUACACUGAGGAUACCAUAAAUUCUGAUGCCAUAGAAUCUACCAGCUCAGACAUAGAUGAUAAUGAAAAUAAUGAAAUUAUGGAAACGGAUAAUAUAGAUAACGCAGAAUCAUUGCCAAUACUCUCUGGGGAACAAAGAAAAAGAAGAAGAGUUGCUGAUCCUACAAUGUGGAAAAAAAAUCAAAGAACAACAAAAAGACAAAAAGGUGAAGCCUAUAUUUCUGUUCGUGGUAAAAAAGUGCCUGAGAAAAGAGUGAAGGAGAAAGACUGCAGUAAAUGCCCAAAAAAAUGUAGUACAAAUUUUAAUCCAGAAACGAGAGACGAACUUCAUAGAGCUUUUUGGCAUAUUGCGAAUAUUGAAAAACAGCGUCAAUAUAUCAGCUCAUUGAUAGACAUUAUUAAGAAAAAAUCGAAACGAACUGAAGCAGAAGUAUCUAGACGACAUAACACCGUCAUAUACAGUUUAGUUAAAGAAGGGAAAAAAAUUUCAGUAUGUCAAGGAUUUUUUCUUAAAACUUUAGACAUAUCUGAAACUUUUGUAAGGAGAAUUCUGUCGAAACGCACUCAGGAAAAUAUAGUACAAUCUGACAAAAGAGGUCAUCACAUACCUGCAAAUAAACGUCCUGAAAUUGCUAAACAGAAUAUUAUUGAUCACAUAAAUUUAUUUCCUCGAGUACCGUCUCAUUACUGCCGAAAAGAUACCGGUAAGCAAUAUCUGGCAUCCGACUUAAAUGUUCAAAUAAUGUACGACCUCUAUAAAGAAGACUGCUUAAAUAAAAAAAUUAAUCCAGAAAAGCUGUGGUAUUACAGAAAUAUUUUUAAUACGGAGUGUAACUUGUCAUUUCAUACUCCCAGAAAGGACUUGUGCGACAAAUGUUUCGCAUUUGAUCACUUGCCAGCAAACGAACAAGCCAAAAAACAGAGUGAGCAUGAAAGCCAUUUAAAAAGAAAAACAUUAGCCAGAAAUAUGAAGAAUUCCAUAAAAGAAAAGGCACUUGCUGGUGAUUGUUCCUUAGCUGAAUUCGACCUAGAAGCAGUACGCUAUUGCCCAAAGACUAAUGCAAAAAAACUUUUUUACAAACGUAGAUUAGCUGUCUAUAAUUUAACAGUUUUUAAUGUUGCUUCCAAAGAGGCCUAUAAUUAUGUUUGGCAUGAAGGAAUGGCUAAACGCGGUUCAGUCGAGAUUGCUUCAUGCAUCUGGAAACAUUUGUCUGAAAAUCAGCUGCACAGUGAACAUAAUUUUUUUUCAGACACGUGCAGUGGACAAAAUCGAAAUGUUAAUAUGGUUUCAAUGUUUCUCUAUGCCGUUAAAAAUUUAGAGAGUGUUUUUAUAAUUAACCACUUCUUUUUUGAGCCUGGCCAUUCCAUGAUGGAAUGUGAUUCUGUCCAUGCGCACAUAGAAAAAAAAAGUCGAAAUGUAGAUAUUUUUGAUCCAUCUGGUUGGUAUGCGGUUAUAAGAACAGCAUCCCGAAAUUUAAAGUACAGGGUAAUUGAAAUGGAUCAGACAAAGUUUUUCGAUUUUAAUAGUUUAACACAGAAAACUAUACGUAAUAAAAAAAUAGAUACAAAUGGCAACAAAAUAAAUUGGCUUAAAGUCGUUUGGUUUCAGUUUAAAAAAGAAAGCCCAAACACAGUUUUUUUUAAAUACGAAAUGGAUUCAGAAGCUUUCCUAGAAUUUGAUAUUUCAAUUAACAUUUCCGUAAGACGAAGCGUACGUAGAGAACAAAAAGAACAAUUUGAUCUGGAAAGAAUGUAUACAAGUACCAUGGCUAUCUCCUCGGAAAAACAUAAAAAUCUUAUGGAGCUUUGUCAAGAUGUUAUUCCCAAAACAUAUCAUGCUUUUUAUGCUUCUUUAAACGAGUGUCAUGGAACAGAUGGGAACGAAAACAUAUCCGAUCAAGAAGAUAGUGAUUAAUAUUAAUUUUUUUUAUAUUUUUUAGUAUUUGGAUUAAUAAAUACUGUUUAUUUUU